GUCCAAUUUCGCUGAACAAGGAUUAGAAAUGACAUUUUCUGAGACUGGAUAAUUUUCGAGAUCUUUCCACAACCUUCCACUUUCUUUAUUCCUCUUUCUGUGGGCGACUCCUUUUGUGUUAGAUCUAUAUAUUCUCCCCGUCUCCCUACCUCAAUUUUUCUUAAAAAUAUCCCAAUUCUCUCUCUCUCUCUCUCUCUCUCUCUCUCUGUGUUCAGCUUCAGCAGUAGAUCAACGGAAGAGAGUCAAUGGCGGCUAACCCAGAUGAGGCAUCGCAGCUCCCGGAGCAACUGGCAAGUACGAGAAGCAGGGAUUUGUCUCUGCUUCUGCCUCUGCUUCUGGGUAUGAGCAAUUCUCCAAGAAGAGAACCAUCUGAUAGUAUUGGUUCAGAUCAAGAAACUGGGGCACGGAGUGUGGAUCGUAUAAUUCUCAUAAACCCCAUCACUCAGGGUAUGAUCGUGAUCGAAGGGGGUAGAAGCUUAGAAUCUUUGCUUCGAGAUGCCGUGAGCAAAGAAGGGUUGCCUCCGGCAUCCAAAGCUUCUAUCGAUGCGAUGCCCAAAAUUGAAAUUACCCAAGAGGAUUUGGGUAAGGAGUGUUCGAUCUGUUUAGAUGGGUGGGAGAUUGGUGGGGAAGCUAGAGAGAUUCCUUGUAAGCACAGGUUUCAUUCUAAUUGCAUAGAGAAAUGGUUAGGGAUUCAUGGGUCUUGCCCUCUUUGUAGGUUUAAGAUGCCGACCGACGAAGAGGAGUGUAGGAAGAGAGGCCGUGGUGAAGGUGAAGGUGAAGGUGAAGAUGAACAGGGGAGAGGGAGAAGGGCUGAGAGAGGGGAGAUUUGGGUAACUUUCUCCUUUUCUAAUGGUAACAGGGAUUCAGCAACUCCUGCAACUGAGUCUUCUGAUGCUUCAGAUUCUACUUCUUCUCCAAACACUCCUGUUACUGACUAUGAGACAUCAAACAAUUCCAACCGUGAAGAUCAUUAAGCAGCUUUUUAGGUUCUUUCAGGAAAAAAAAAAGGGAAUUGCACAGGAAACUACAGGAUUAUAUGUUUGAUUUUUUAUUUUUAUUUUUCAGAGAAUUUAUGUCUAUAUGUUUAUGUUACCAGUUCAGUUGCUUUUAGUGAACGAGUUCAUCAAUUUUUUCUUUCUUUAUAGUUUUUGAUUCCCUUUCCCUUGUCCCAUUAAUGAAUGCAGAGAGUAUAGAAGUGACAGACAGGUAGGUUGUUCAUGUGAUGUGUUUGGAAUAAAUGAUGCAUUUGUA